AUGGCCUCACGCGUACCAUCUUACAUCCGCAGCACCACCAAAGCAGCAUCAGCCAUCAGACGUGUCCCCAUCGUCAACACAGCACAGAAUGCCUCGCUGAAGCUGCGUCCCAUCCACAUCCCUACUGAGACGCCUGGCCCUCUCGCUCCCCGGCCUGCCUGGGACCACGGCCAUGUCGUCGCCCACCAGGCCGCCGGUCCUGUAGACGAUGCAGGCCUCGGUGUUGGUGUCGGCCAGCAGCAGCAGCCACAGAGAGCACUGGACAGACUGCCCAACAAGGAUCUCCUCCGCAGCAUCGCCAUCCAGACAGCCAUGUCCCGUCCGUUCCUGAUGGACAUCGCCUCCAGCUUGCUGCGGUCAAACAUCAAACUCAUCACCGCCAACCCGGUCCUCAGCUUCCUCCUCGACAAGGUCUUCUACGCCCAGUUCUGUGCCGGCCGCAACGAGGCCGAGGUCAGACAGACCGUCGCCGGUAUGAAGGCCAUGGGAUACCGUGGUGCCAUCCUCUCCUACGCCAAGGAGGUCGACAUGUCCCACAGCAGCGACCAGACCGGCAGCCCUGCAGAGAUGGAGGCCCUGCACAAGACCCAGGUCGCACAGUGGCUUGACGGCACCCUCAAGACCAUCCAGUACUCCAACUCGGGUGAUCUCAUCGCCAUCAAGUACUCUGGCGCCGGACAGGGGGCCGUUCAGCUGCUCGAGCAGGGGGCCGAUGCCGAUCCGAUCAUGGCAGACGCUCUCGAGCAGAUCUGCGCUCUGGCCAAGGAGAGCAACGUCAGAGUCUGCGUCGACGCUGAACAUUACUCCCAGAAGAAGAGCAUCGACUCUUGGACCAUGGAUCUCAUGCAAAAGUACAACAAGGACGGCGAGACCGUUGUCUACAACACUUAUCAAAUGUACCUCAAGGAUUCUCCAGCUACCCUGGCCAUGCACCUGCAGCGCGCCAAGGACGAGGGAUUCGCCCUCGGUGUCAAGCUGGUUCGCGGUGCAUACAUCAACUCUGACCCGCGCCAUGUCAUCUUCGACACCAAGGAGCAGACCGACAACGCAUUCGACGAUGCUGCCCGCCUGCUCGCCACGCAGCACAUCGACGACCACUCCGCUCCAAAGAUCAGCAUGGUCCUUGCCAGCCACAACAAGGAGAGCACCACCAAGAUCCGCGCCCUGCGACAGGAGCAGAUCCGACACGGCCUCCCCCUCGCAGACGUCAUCUACUCCCAGCUCAUGGGUAUGGCCGACGAGCUGUCCAUGAGCAUCACCCAGUCCACCUCCGACGUCGACGAGGACGCCCAGGUGUACAAGUACGUCGUCUGGGGCUCGACCGAGGAGUGCGUCAUGUACCUCCUCCGCCGCGCAGAGGAAAACCGAGACGCCAUCGAACGCUCAACCGCCAGCCAGACUGCUCUCUGGCAGGAACUCCGAAGCCGAAUCGCCCUCUAA